AUGGCCGCUGUCUCAAACUCCACCUGCACGGGAAACGUCUACGUCCUCCCAAACAUCACCGACGCAGCCUGUGGUGCCCCAAUCGCCGGCAACAUUACCUCAGCCUUCGACUCUUGCUGCAAGGGGGACUCACCCGUCAAAUAUGACAACGACUGCGGCAUCUACUGCCUGGCCCAGGGCCAAACCGUCUCCGAGUUGACCCAAUGUCUUGAGCAGAAGAGCGGGACGUACUCUAUCUUCUGUAAUAAGGCUGGCAACGCGACUGCGACCGCUGCGGCGACAACCACCAAGGCCACUUCCACUGGUACUUCGACUUCGACGGGCACUAGUGCGGCAAGCACUAGUUCCGGUGCGGCGGUGGCUAACCAGCCUGUUUCCAAGACAGGAUUGGGCGUUAUGGCUAUGCUGUUCUGCUCUGCACUGAUGGGUGUGGUUGCUUAA